UGCCGGUCCCCAGCCGGGGGAGGCGCCGCAGCAGCAUCCGGAGGCUCCGCAUCCCGCAUCGGCCGCAGCGCGGCCCCGCGCAUGGCCCGGCCCGGGGGGUAGCGCCGGGGCCCGACCGCAGCCCCAGGCAUGGAGCUGUCGCUGGCCCAGUGGGUGCUCGCGGUGCUGCUGCUGGCGGUGCCCCUGCUCUACGAGUGCAGCGCCUCCUUCCGCUACUUCUGCAAGAUGGGCUUCUACAACGGCUGGAUCCUGACGCUGGCCGUGCUGGUCAUCCCGCUCUGCGCCCUGCGGGGCCGCAGCGUGGAGAACAUGAGGAUCAUCCGGUUCAUGCUGCACCACGUGAAGUACCUGUACGGGAUCCGCAUCGAGGUUCGCGGCCUGGAGCAUUUCAAGCUGCCCGAGCCCUUCGUCGUGGUGUCCAACCACCAGAGCUCGCUGGACCUGCUGGGGAUGAUGGAGGUGCUGCCCGAUCGCUGCGUGCCCAUCGCCAAGAAGGAGUUGAUGUACAUGGGCACCGUGGGCCUGGCCUGCUGGCUCGGCGGCAUCAUCUUCAUCAACCGCCGGAAAACGGACGACGCCAUCGGCGUCAUGUCGGAGACGGCGCAGACCAUGCUGCGCGACAACGUCCGGGUCUGGGUGUUCCCCGAAGGAACCAGGAACCACAACGGCUCCAUGCUGCCCUUCAAACGUGGGGCCUUUCACCUGGCCGUGCAGGCCCAGGUGCCCGUGAUCCCCAUCGUGAUGUCCUCGUACCGCGACUUCUACAGCAAGAAGGAGAGAAGAUUCACAACGGGGCGCUGUCUGAUCCAGGUGCUGGCGCCGAUGCCCACGCGGGGGCUGGGCCCGGAGGCGGUGCCGGCGCUGACGGAGCGCGUGCGCCAGGCCAUGCUCGAGGCCUUCGACAGCCUGUCGGGGGAGCUGAGCCCCGGCCGGGACCCCCCUGCCCCACAGUGACACCCCCGCCAGCCAGCUGGGGCGGAGCCUGUGCUGACUGGGCGGGGCCAGCACCAGCCACGCCCACCAGGCAGGGCAGCCACGGACCAGAGGGAGUAACCCAGCGUUCUGACAGCCCCUCCUGGUGUAGCCACUUGGUAUCUCCUGCUCCCCCACCAUCACCUCCCCCCAGUCUUGUCAACAUGGAUUGAUCCACUCCAGCCUGAACCAUGGACUGAUCCAUUCCCGUUUCCUAAGGGGGGGGAGGAGGAUUAAACAAUGGACUGAUCCAUUCCAGCUUGAACCUUGGACUGAUCCAUUCCAGUUUCCUAAGGGGGGGAGGAGGAUUAAACAAUGGACUGAUCCAUUCCAGCUUGAACCUUGGACUGAUCCAUUCCAGUUUCCUAAGGGUGGAAGGAGGAUUAAAUAAUCCACUCCAGCCUCCUGCUGCGAGGAAGAACCGAAGCUGUGGACCAACCCAUUCCUCCCUCCCACUGGGGGGAGCCAGGGGAAAAAAAGGACCUCAUGGACUGUUCCACUACAACCUCCCCCAGGAAGAAAGUAAGCUGCGGACUGUUCCACUUCAACCUUUGGGGGGAGCAGAGAGAGAAAGCCAGGGACUGUUCCACUCCACCCUCCUGCUGGGGGGGGAGGAAGCCAGGGACCGUUCCACUCCACCCUCCUGCUGGGGGGGAGAAAGCCAGGGACCGUUCCACUCCACCCUCCUGCUGGGGGGAGGAAGCCACGGAAGAGACAUUUGUUCCUGCCCCACGUGCCCUCUGCCCCCCAGCUGUGGGCGCUCCGUGGAAAGGAGUCCGUGCCAGGGACACGAUGGACGGUGGCGGGGGGGAGUGGGCACAAGAGAGACAAAUCCCCCCCCUCCCAGAUUCGCUCGUCAGUGGAAGAAUCUUACCCGGGGAGGGAGGGAUGUUUAUUACCCCCCCCCAAUCUGGAUGGAUCCUGCCCAGGAAGGGGGGGUCGUGCCCCCUGUCGAUGCCCCCAGAGGCAGAGAUGCUGCGGGAUGGAUGGGGGGGAGGUAGCAUAACCCCCCCCAGGGAAAUGGGGAGGGUGGCCCAGGAGUCCCCCCUAACUGGGGGGAGGGGAGGGUCAGAGGAAGGAAGGGGGUC